AAAUUAUUUUCUAUAGCAAUAUAGUAUUGGGUUUAAAAUAGUGUUAACCAGUUUUAUAAUGAAGUUUAUAUUAUUAUUAUUCCUAAUGUUUUUCUUAAAUCAGGCUCUGGUAAAGUCUGAAGUAAGCUUAAAUGAUGCCGCAAAAAAAUACAAUCAAGAUGCUAAACUUUCACAAAAAGAUGUACAAGCAAUACCUGCCUACAUCGGUUUGAAAUUAAAAACUGCAUUAAGCGAUGCUCAAACGAAGUUUUUUGCAAGUUUUGAAGAACCAAUUAAUGAUUUAGCUGAAUUUAUAUGUGAAUUGGAAGUAUCAUUUGAUAUUUUCAACACAACUAAGACGACGGAUGUGGUUAAAGAUGUCAUAAAAAAAUUUAAAUCUGCUAGUAUCAUAAAUGUAUGCAGUAGCAAGUCAAUUAUAAAAACUAUUACAGAGUUUGCAAAUGAAAAAAUAUGUGAAGAACCAUCUUUACUGGAAAUUGCUUCGAAAGCUUUGGAUCAGCUUGAUGAAUACAUAGAUAAAUUGACAACAUAUCACAAUGGAGCAUUCAACCUCUUUUAUCAUAAACAGUCUGAUGAAAUCACUUUAUUGCAGGCCAUCACGGAACAACAGUUUAUAAAUUUUAAGGGUAGUUCAAACGAAAAGCAACAAAUAGCCAAUUCACUUAGUAGUUUGCGAGAUAAUGUCUUGAAUUUUAUAAUUCAAAAGAAAGCAGCAAUUAAAGGAAAUUCUGAUUCCACUAUCUACUACCAAAACAGUUUAAAUCUCAUUGACAAUCUCAUCCAGAGUAUUAGCGGAUUUUCAACUAAAGGCGCUUUUCAAGAUAAACGCUUUGUUAAUGACCUUAUUAAGCUUCUAAAUAAAAUCAAAACUUCACUAAUUGAAAUUAGUAAAGCUGCUGACUUUGUCCAUAAUUCUCUGUCUGACACGUUUGGACAAAUUGUAUUCGAUUUUGGAAAAGAUUUACAAGAUUGUAUUUUAGAUAAAAUUUCAAAUUCGCGAUUCACUAAUUUCAUAGAUUUAACAGAGAAUGCAUUAGGUAUUACGUCUUCCGGUAUACCAAUUACUGAUGAUGUUCAAACAAUUUAUAACAUAAUUAGUAAAAUUAAAUAUUGGGCAGACGAGUUUAAUGAAGUGCGAAGUUUACUGUGCGAUAUAACAGAUUAUGCUGAUAAAAUUCAAAAUGGAAUAUGUUCCGUAUACAAGGGAGCUAAGAGUUUGUAUAACGAAGGAAAAUCCAAAGUUAUGAACCGAAUUAAUAAAUAUGAACAUUAUUUUGAUUGUUUCUUAGAAAAUAUCAAACCUUAUGAUCAUUUAAAAUCUGUUCACGAGAAACUUUCAAAAUCACACGAUGGUCUAUUAAGUUAUGCCAAAAAUUCAUUCUCUACGAUUGUUGAUAAAUCUACUGGGUUUAUUUCAGAUGUCUUAAAUGAGUUUGACCCCGAAUGUGCAAAAGAUGUUAAGAUAGAACAAACUGUAGAUAUUAUUCUGAAGACUCUUGAGCCUUGUCAAAAUUUAAUCAGCGAUGAGGCUUAUCGUUUAGAUGACUACUGUGAUGAAAAAAAUCAUGAAACACACAGAGCAUUCUCAAGUGCUUUUGGCUCAAAUCAAGUCAUAUUUUUCGGAGAUGACAACUUGAAAUACACUUACUAUUAUAGUGUUGUACCACUAACAGAUCUGCAUACUGAACUGUGGAAAGGUGUUGAAAAAUUUAAUGAAUGUAUUGAAAAUAAGUUUAAAGACGCCGGAAAAGGUUUUCUUAACAUUUUGAAAGACUGCAUUUAAAAGUUUAUUAUAUAUGUAUAAAGUUUUACAUUACAGUUAAGAAUUUACUUUAAUAUACAAAUAUUUCUCUGGAUGCGAUAUGUCAGCAUAAAAUUUUAUCAAAUGAAACAUUAUUGUUAUUCAAAUGAAACAUUAUUGUUAAGAAUUAAUGCUAAAAUCCUUAGCAUUUAAUUCUUAAAUGUAUUAUUCAUUUUGCAAAAAUGGUAAAUAAAUUAAAUCUAAU